UCGUCCGAAGAAAAACUAGGUUUUUGUGCAAAUUAUUGCAGAAAAACGCAGGAAAAAGUGUGCAACUCGUACGGAAAGCUGUGUGGCACGUAUUGGUCAUGGAGAAACGCGUGUGGCAGCUCUGCUGGCUGCUGCUGGCGAUGGCGUCAGCAUAUGCCGACGUCAUGGCUGGUGUAACGACGCAAAAUGCUCUGCUGGCGACGGGGGGCUCUGCGGCCGCCGCCGCCGCCGCCGCCGCCGCCGCCGCCGCGGAGACUCCACCAGGCAGCAGCAGCAGCAGCAGCACCACUGGUGUUUGCCCUCGCAUGUUGCGCCACGUCUUUGAGAAUGCCACGCCGCGCGACGAGCAGCAGGCUGGGGUCUUCGAGGAGUACAAGCCCGGGGGCGAGGUCGCCUCCGAGGAGCCCCUGGAGGAGGAGGCCUACCUCUGGAACUGCCUGCAGGCGUGCUGCGACAAGUCGCGCAACCAGACGAGCGCCUGCAACGUGGUGCUCGUGUUCCACGGCAAGUGCUUCCACAUCCGCUGCAGCAGCAACGAGGGAUGCCUGCCCAAGCAGCGGGUGCGCAACAACGAGAAGGUGCAGAUGGUGCUGGUCAAUCCCGUGGGGGAGUCGGCCACGUGGUCGCAGCUGCUGAAGGCCUCCAAGCAGAACGCCGAGAUCCUGCCCUACGACGAGCUGGCGGCCCAAGGGGCGGCAGCCCUCAACUUCUGGAAGCAGCCCCGUCGCCUGGGCUACCUGCCACGCAACCAGGACUCCCCCACCUACGACGAUGAGGACUUCCCCUUGGCGGACAAGCGCAUGAAGCAGCUGCACGAUCAACUGGACGAGAACGAUGUGCUGGCCAGCGAGGAUCUCAAUUACUUUGGCGGCGUGGAGCUGCCGCAGAAUGGCAAGUUCAUGACCUGUGACCUGGAGACGCCCUGCCCGCCGCAAGAGCAGUGCGUGCCCCUCCAUCCGAAUGCCGCCACGGGACUGUGCACCUGUCCCCGCGGCUUCGAUUGGAACAAGCAACGGAAAUGCGUGAUGCGUGCCAUUCCCUACAGCGCCUAUCUCACCAGCAACGAGGCUGUGCAGCAGCAGCAGCAGCAGGAGGAUGCGGUGGCCGCCGCCGCCAGUGAGAACUCCCCCGAGAUGUCCACUGCGCCAGCAGCCAAAACGGAGCCCAGCAAGGACAUUGUGGUCUCGGUGAUGUCCAAGGAGGUGCGCCUGCCCGAGCAGGAGGUAACGCUGGCCGCCUUCACCGUGCCGGACGAGCAAACGAGCGACACCAAGUACAAGUAUCUGUGGACGCUGAUAUCGCAGCCCAAGGGGCCGAUGAACGGCACCAUUUCGGACCAGAGCAAGUCCAAGGUGAAGCUCUCGAAUCUCUCCGAGGGCCUGUACACCUUCAAGGUCACCGUCACGGGGGACAAUGGCACCUUUGGCGAGGCGGCGGCCAAUGUGACGGUGCUGCCCGAGAACCGCAUCAACCAGCCGCCGCAGGUGAUCAUCUCGCCGGGGAAGCAGAUCAUCCGGCAGCCCUCGACCAACGCCAUCCUCGAUGGCAGCACCAGCACGGACGAUGACAAGAUUACCAACUGGCACUGGGAGGUCAUUUCGGGACCCAUUGGCUACCAGCCCUCGCUGCCGGAGGUGAACACGCUGCAGCUGGAUCUCACGUCGCCGGGCAACUACACCUUCAAGCUGACGGUCACGGACUCCAACAACGUGACCAACUCGACGACGGCCACGAUCGCAGUUCUCAAGGAAACGGACUAUGCCCCGGUGGCCAAUGCCGGGGACGCCGUCAUCCUGUACCUCCCGAACAACAACGUGACCCUCAACGGCACUGCCAGCUCGGACGAUCACGAGAUUGUGGCCUGGGAAUGGACCAAGGACGCCAGCGACGAGGCCAAGGCCGUGGACAUGCAGAACACGAGGACCCCCUACGCCCAGCUCUCGAACCUGGAGGAGGGCAUGUACACCUUCGUGCUGAAGGUCACCGACGGCAGCGGCCAGUCGAGCACGGCCAAGGUGCACGUGUUUGUGAAGCCACCAACGAAUUCCCCGCCGAUUGCGGAGGCGGGUGCCAACGCGACCACGAGUCUGCCCAUCAACUGGGUGCUGCUGAAUGGCUCGGAGUCUAAGGACGACAUCGGCAUCAAAACCUAUCAAUGGAGGCAGCUCAACGGACCCAAUAAUGCAGUGAUUCUGCAGUCCAACACAUCGAUGGCCAACGCCACCAGCCUCACGUUGGGCCUCUACGAGUUCCAGCUGAGUGUCUCCGAUGAGAACAACAACACAGCCACGGACUCCACUUGGGUGAAGAUUGUGCAGGAGCGCAAUGCUCCGCCGGUGGCCAAUGCUGGCGGGGACCACAGCAUCACAAUGCCUGUCACAGCCAUCUACUUGAACGGUUCGAAGUCCUGGGACGACUUGGCCGUCGUCAAGUAUCUGUGGACGCGGGAGGACAACAGUCUGGCAGCGGGCAUGAUUGUGGCAGACACCGACAAGCAGCCCGUGAUGAUUCUGACGAACCUCGUGCACGGCCGCUAUGUCUUCAAGCUGACGGUGAGCGACGAUCAGGGGCUGACGAGCACGGAUACCGUCAGCGUGAAUGUCCACCCCGAUCCGAUGCUGAUGUACCUCGUGCAAAUGACCCUCCCCAUGGGCAUAUCCGUCAUCUCCCAGUCCGAGCUGGAUUCCAUCGUGCAAAAGCUGCAGCUGCUGCUGGGCGACGACAACAAGAUACAGAUACGAGAGCUCAAGUACGAUCUGCACACGGAGGCGGCUGUCCUUGUGUUCUACGUGACGGGCGUGCAGUCGACGCCCCUGAAUGCGCUGCAUGUGGAGCUGCUCCUGCGGGCCAAGCUCCAGAGGGACGCCUCCAUUCUGGGUGCCCUGUUCGUGGACAUACGCACCACCGUCUGCCAGAACAACUGCUCCGGCCACGGCAGCUGCAACCCGGCGACACGCGCCUGCAUCUGCGAGGCCUUUUGGAUGCCGUCAGCGGGCUACUUCUUCAGCAAUCAGGAGGCCAAUUGCGAUUGGUCCAUAUUGUAUGUGUUUGUGGGCGUGAUUGUGGGCUGCCUGCUGCUGUCGGGGGUCUUCUGGGGCAUCGCCUGCGCCUGCCGACAGUCGAAGAAGCCGCGCUUGCGGCAGAAAGUGCAGAAAUAUGCCCUGAUAGGCAAUCAGGAUGAGGAGGCGGCCAAUUAUUCCCGCACUACUUCACUCACGGAAUCAGAGACAGACUCCGAUGUCCUCUUCGAGACACGCACAAAGCCCUCGCACAACGGGAUUGGCGGCAAGCACGGCCACAAGUCCGCCCACGGCCAUGGCAGCAGUGGUGGCGGCAGUGGCGGCUCCUCGGGACGCGAGGGCCACAGCAAGUAUGCCGUCACCAAAUUGGGACGCAAAAUCAAGGCCUAAAUCCCGAGGGGCAACAGUCAGUCAGAUAUGCCUAUAUAUGUGUGUGUUUUAGUCGAUAUCUGUACUAUAUAUACAUAGUAGUAGUGUGUGUGUGCGUGCGGAUGUGUAUGUGUAUGUGUGUGUGUGUG